AUGUCUAAUGAAGAAAGAAAUUAUAAUGCUAGUUAUAUCUAUUUUCGUAUUCAAGAAGAAGAAUGGUCAUUAAUACCAUUAUUACCUGGAUAUAUAGUUUUUACUACCGCUGGUAAAAAUUGGUUCAAAUUAUUAAUUCUAGAAAUGGAAAAAGAAUUUGAAGAAAAAAGUUUAGAAUCAGUUAUUUUUAUGAAUAUCUCGCAAUAUUUUUCUAUACCUCUUUCAAUACCUUAUUCUAAUUGUAUUGAUAUUAUUGCAUCAAAUCGAACAUUUUACACCAAAGUAUUGGGAUUUAAUGUAUCUUGUAUUAUUAUAUGUCAUCUUUGCAAAACAUUAAUGCAAUAUUCAAAUGAGGAUUCAAGAGUAAAGUAUUCUAAUUUAGUCACAGGAGCAGCACUUGCUGGAAGAAUAAAUAGAAAUUCUUUUCAGACAGUAUUGGCUACAAUUGGAAUAACUAACCAAUGUAAUGAAAAAUCUUUUUAUAACUAUAAUAUAAUUUUACGUGAAACUUUAGAUAACUUGGAGUCAGCUCAUUUACUAGGUCAAGAAAAAUGCUGGAUUACAAAGAAAGAUAAUAAUACACCAAUUGAAAAAGAAACACAAUAUAUACAAAUUGAUUAUUGGGUAUCUUAUAGUACUCGAUAUGCACUAGCAGUUCUUGAUCAGAACGAAGGAUUAGAUGUUAUGAUUUCUAAAGAAAGAUCUCAGAAGGUUUUUAGAAUUAUAAUGAAAUUUAACAGUGAAAUGACUAAUGAGGCAAGAAAAGAAAAAUUUGCCAAUGGCAGAAAAGAAUUUGCUGGUUUAACUUUGAUAAGUAAAACAUCUGAUCAAAUUCAUAAAGACAUAUUCUGGCCAUCAUUUGGUAAUAUUUUAAGAGAUUUUGACAUAAUAGUGAAAUGUGUUGCAUGUUAUGCAUUUGUUAAAAAAAGUGCAUGUAAUUUGAUAACAACCAGAGCCACUUAUAAUGGAAAUGCUAAUAUCACAUUAUCAUUUGUCACAAAAAACACUUUUGGAUUUGAUAAUUUUCAAGAAGGCCAGAAACCAUCAGAUAGAAGCAAUAAUUGCUUAUUUAAAUGUCCUUUCAAAGCACUUAUGAACGAUUAA